AUGGGGACAGCCAUCAGUAAAAGAAAAAACAAUUUGGAUAAAAGUACAAAAAAUGACACUUCCGAGAACAAAAGACAAAAGAAAAAUGAAGAACACGAUUCAAACUUGGAAUUUAUAAAAAAAUAUAAAAUAAUUAAUAAAAUUGGAGAUGGGAACUUUUCAAAAGUAUUUUGUUGUAGAGGUGAAAAUAAAAAAAAAUGUGCAAUGAAGUUAAUGUGCUGCCCCCUUAAAAAAACAUCACAUUAUAACUGCUUUAAGAGGGAAUUGUUUAUAAUGAAAACAAUAAAUAAUAAACACCCAUAUAUUGUUAAAAUUCUUGAUUAUCAUGAAAAAAUUUGGAAAAAGUACUAUAUAGUUAAAAUAAUUCUUGAAUACUGUGAGGGAGGUAACUUGUUCGAGUAUAUAAAAAUAAAUGGCAGUUGCACGCAUUCAGAAGCAAGGGUUAUUAUUAUAAAGUUAACAAAAACUAUACAGUAUAUAAAUUCUUUAAAAAUUAUGCAUAGAGAUAUUAAACCAGAAAACAUUUUGCUUAGAACUAAGGAUAAUGUCAAAAGUGUAGUCUUGUCAGACUUCGGACUAGCCAAAAUAACUCCGUCAAAUCAAGCCGUUGUAAAAAGUAGAUCUGUUUGUGGAAGCGAUUUUUAUUUAGCUCCAGAAAUUAUAAAGAACAAAGAAUAUGGAAUAAAAAUCGACAUAUGGAGUCUAGGUGUUUUAAUAUUUUUUAUAAUUACGGGUAAAGUACCCUUCACCGGGAAAAAUGCUAAUGAACUAUAUAACAACAUUCUUAAAGCUAACAUCCCAGAACUAUUGUCAAAGGAAAAAUCUUUAAAUAUUCAGCCGGGACUCAAAAAUUUAUUAGAAAAUAUAUUAGUUCAUGAUCCAGACAAAAGAUUUAGCUGUGCAGAUAUUCUAAACCAUCGAUGGAUAAGAGGAACGCUGACGAGCUGUGAAUUCAAAAUUUUUAACUCAGCAUCGUAUAUAAAGAAAUUAAGAUUAGAUAGAAAACGAAAUACGUAUGACGAUAAUUGUGAAGACAACCAAAUAAAUGAUAAAUCAUUUGAUAAGGAAAAGGAUUCUAUUGCCAAUAUGAAAAAAAAAUACACCUUUUUUUUAAAAAAAAUAACAAAUUAG